CAAAACCCUUUUCAAAACUGUUUUCGUCUUCAAGAACGAACGAAGGAAGAGAGCUUAGCAGAGAAUACGAUUCCAUCAAUGGAGGCCUUUCCCAUCCCUGCCGACACCUACAAGCUAGGAUUCAUCGGAGCAGGAAAAAUGGCGGAGAGCAUCGCCAGAGGAGUUGUCCGAUCCGGAAUCUUGCCCGCUUCUCGCAUCAUUACCGCCGCUCACUCCAAUCCCCUUCGCCGCGAGGCCUUCGAGUCCUUCGGCGUCAGAGUCCUCUCCAAGAACGACGACGUAGUUGAAGAGAGUGACGUGAUUGUUUUCUCUGUCAAGCCUCAAGUCGCUAAAGAUGCGGUCUCGAAGUUGAAGCCACUUCUGUCGAAGAAGAAGCUUCUGGUUUCUGUUGCUGCUGGAAUAAAAUUGAAAGAUCUGGAGGAAUGGGCUGGUAGCAGCCGAUUUAUUAGGGUUAUGCCAAAUACUGCGGUAGGCGAGGCUGCAUCAGUUAUGAGCUUGGGAGGAACUGCAACAGAGGAAGAUGGGAAAUUAAUUGCCAAAUUAUUUGGAUCUGUUGGCAAGAUAUGGCAAGCAGAUGAGAAAUACUUUGAUGCAGUUACUGGCUUGAGCGGUAGUGGUCCUGCAUAUAUAUAUUUGGCUAUAGAGGCUUUGGCAGAUGGAGGAGUUGCUGCUGGGUUACCACGAGAACUUGCAUUGGGCCUUGCUUCUCAAACAGUGCUAGGAGCAGCAUCUAUGGCUGCUAAAACUGGGAAACAUCCAGGUCAGCUCAAAGAUGAUGUUACAUCACCUGGUGGGACUACUAUCGCUGGCAUUCAUGAGUUAGAGAAGGGUGGCCUUCGUGGGCUGUUGAUGAAUGCAGUUGUUGCUGCUGCUAAGCGCGGCCGAGAACUGUCCUAGAGCCCUGUCAUGGUGAUUUUCUCAUCAAUUCAUUUUGCAGAUACAGCCUUGAAAUCGCAUAUUUUCCCCUUCUAGAAAAGUAAGCUUUUAUCAAACGAGAUAUUCAUUUCACAUAGCCUGUGGUCCGAACAUUAUUUUAGCAUACAAUUGGGGUAUUUCAGUGAGAAUUUUGGGUGGUACACCCUGAUCUUUUUUAUGCAGCGCACUCUGAUCAAUAUAUUUAGCAGCAGUUUUGGAAUUUUAU